GCCCAUUCUUCCGCUAGGUCCUGUGUACAUAUCGAGAAAGGGCCCAGUUUCUAGGGGAGGAGCUGCGCGGAGGAGAUGGCUUCGCGGUUGUGGUCAACGGUUGGGUCUUGGGCAAGGUCGCGACCCGCCGAGAACCAGAAGGCGCCCUUAGCCAACGUUUUAUCUUCACGAAAUAUAACCGUCACUCGGACUGGCGCCAUCUUGCCUAAGCCCGUCAAAAUGCCAUUUGGUCUUCUCCGUGUGUUUGCCAUUGUAAUUCCCUUCCUCUAUGUUGGGACACAAAUCAGCAAAAAUUUUGCAGCCUUACUUGAAGAACAUGAUAUCUUUGUACCAGAGGAUGAUGACGAUGAUGACUAAUAGGUUUACAAAGAGGAACAAAGCCAUAAUAAAGUGUUCUGAUAUCAAUGUUUAAUCACCGCUCCUCUCUGACGUCUAAAGAAUGUAUUUUGGGGCAGCUGGACUUCCCAUCGUACCAGGGAUUGUACUGUCCAUGUGUAAACAAGGAUGUUUAAAUGAUAUAUCUAUUUAAGAAUACAUAUAUGUGUCUUCAUUCAACAACCAUUGCAUGCUUAUAUCUAUUUCUGAAUGAACCGGAUCCCUAAUUAAUAUGAGGAAUUCCUCUGGAUAGUAAAUGAAGACUUAGCGAUCAAGGCUUGUGUGUUUCUUUUCUAUAUUAAGCUGCCGUCCUUCCCACAACUUUUGGGAUGUAUGUCUUAUUGAAUUGAGAUGUAUUUAUGAAUUAAUAUGCUUUGGAUUGUGCUAUCCAUCUUUUGAUACUACUUAAACUAGAAUGAUAGUUUUCUCUCUGUUUGAAAGGAAUGAAAGCACAAGCCUAUAGGAAAGUACAUAAAGGAACUUCUCAGUCUUGAUUAUUUGAUUCAAUUGAAUCAGCUAUACAACAGCUGCCAAUGUAAAUAGACAUUUUUAUGGAACUUUGAGGAAGGUUUAAUUAAAAUUUGGUGAAAGGAA